AUGUCUUCUUCAGCUGGAAAGCAACAUCAUCGUCUGCCAAACCUCUACAACGCCACCUCAGCUCCUCCACCAACGCCCUCUUCUCAACCAAACACCCACUACCACCACGCCACCUCAGCCGCCGCCGCCGUCGACUCUCUCUCCCGCCUCCUCCACCGCCUCCCUGCUCCCACCCUUUCCCUUCCUACUCGCAGCUCUUCUUCUCCCAUCACCUCUCCACCUCUCAUCUCCCUUGCUGACCCAAACACUACCGAUCUUCUCCUCUCUGCCUCCUGUCAACUAGGCUUCUUUCAACUCACCGAUCAUGGUAUACCUUCUCAUCUCGCUAACUCAUCAGAGUCUGAAUCCCUUUCUCUCUUUGACCUCACUAGAGAUCAAAAAGAAUCCUACUUCCCCAAGAACUGGCCUCUGGGUUUUGACGAUGAUGAAGUUGGAAAUGGCGAGUCUUUUUGGCUGGACUCGGCAUGUUCCACUGAGUCAACCGAGUUGAACUUGUCUUCUCUGCCAGAGUUAACUCACGCUUUAGAGAAACUUGGGCUGGAAAUUGUUGAAAUGCUUUCUCGCAUAGUGGGGUUUGAGAACCCAUUAAAAGAAGAUCCGACGCAGAUUUGUUCAUUGAUGUUGGUUCACGAGGGCUCAUGCGGUGAUAAACCUGCUAUAUCGGGUGGGUUUUAUCCAUAUGUCGUAGGGUUACAGUACCAAUUCCGGAGCCAGAAGUAUUCUUUGCUGGCAGAUUCGGGUUGGGUCACAGUGCAGCCUCAUGUGGAAUCGGUGAUGGUUACCAUAGGCGAUAUUGCACAAGUAUGGAGCAAUGGGAAAUUGAAGAAAGUAAGAGGAAGACCAAUGGCUUCUUCUUUUACAGGAAAAGGCAACAAUUCAAGCUUCAUAUCAAUGACUUUACUUGUGACUCUUCCUAUAGAAAGCACAGUUUCUCCCCUUCUUCCUAAGCCAAUUGUGACUGAAGAAAAUGCCAAAGAAAGUGAAGUUAGAGAAGAAGAAGAAGAAGAAGAAGAAAACCAUGGAAGUAAAGAAGAGAGAAUGUUUAGUUCAUUUUCUUUUGAAGACUAUGCUUGGAGAGUCUACCAUGAGCCUCUCCUCUUCAAAGACCCACUUGAUAAAUACCGUAUAAUUAGGUAGAAUUAUUUUAAUUAAUUUAUCUCCACAUUCUUUUCUUAGUUAAUUUUUCUUUUAUUUUAUCACUUUGACAUUGCUUUAUAUAUUCUUCU